CAGCAGAAACAAACCAAGAGUUGCUAUAUCAGCAGAGAAAACAUGAAGACUUUGAUCCUUAUUGCCUUCUUGGCUCUCUCAUCUUCUGCCGUCUUUGCCUUUGAUCCCAGCCCACUUCAGGACUUCUGUGUUGCUAUUAACGAAACCAAGACCGGUGGUGUUUUUGUGAAUGGGAAGUUCUGCAAGGAUCCCAAGCUUGUCUCUGCCAAUGAUUUCUUCUACGGCGGACUGAAACAAGGAGACACAUCUGGUCCACUCGGAUCAGCAGUGAGCCCGGUUGCUGUAAACGAAAUCCCAGGGCUCAAUACUUUGGGCAUAUCGUUGGCUCGCAUAGACUUUGCCCCUAAAGGCUUAAACCCUCCACACACCCAUCCUCGAGGCACUGAGAUUCUUGUGGUUUUGGAGGGAAAACUUCUAGUGGGUUUUGUUACGUCCAACCCAGAGAAUCGCUUAUUCACCAAAGUACUGCACAAGGGAGACGUGUUUGUGUUCCCAAUUGGUUUAAUUCACUUCCAACUCAACGUGGGUUAUGAAAAUGCAGUCGCCAUUGCUGGUUUGAGCAGUCAGAAUGCAGGAGUCAUCACCAUUGCGAAUGCUGUGUUCAAAUCAGACCCUCCAAUUUCUGCUGAAGUUCUCACCAAGGCUUUUCAAGUGGAUAAGAACAUAAUUGCUGCUAUUCAGAAACAGUUAUAGAUAGAAAAUUAAUAUCAUUCAUUUGAGUUUGAAAUGAUUUAAUUUGUUUCUGGGUUUGCCUAUCAUAAUAAUGUUUGAAAUGAUUAAUUUGUAUCCUAUGUUUUAUGAUUGAAUAAAAUAAGCGAUAUAUGCGCACAUUAAGUUAAUUAUGCCUUUACAUAUGUAUGUUGAAAUUAAAAAUAUAUAUCAAUGAAUGCA